CUAAGAGCGAGCGCUGCGCGCGCACACCGACCUCAGAAGGCUCUUAAAACGACAUAAGGCUCCCGGACAGGCGGUCAGUCCUCCGCCGGUAAUUUACUUUCGGGUCCCGGUGCAGGUCUGAAAACAACAGUGACGAGUUCUGAAUCAUGACAGUAGCGCGUGCAUUGUGGGAUUUGUAGUUUUCAAUCUGCGCCAGGAAGAAAUUCAGAAGUAUCAUGGAAGUUUGUUUCAGCCAGGGAAUAAAAAAGCAUAAAUUGAAGUCGUCACAGAAGGAAAAGAUCCGUCAAUUUAUGUCCUUCACGCGGGCUGCAGAGAGAACCGCCCUGUACUGCCUGACCCACAAUGACUGGAGACUAGAGACGGCCACCGAUAACUACUUCCAGAACCCUGAUAUCUACCGCAAAGACUCCAUGAAAACAGCAGUGGAUCGCAAGAAGCUGGAUCAGCUGUACAACCGCUAUAAAGAUCCACAGGAUGAGAAUAAGAUCGGCAUCGACGGGGUCCAGCAGUUCUGUGACGACCUCAUGCUGGAUCCGUCCAGUGUCAGCAUCCUGAUUGUGGCAUGGAAAUUUAGAGCGGCGACGCAGUGCGAGUUCAGCCGCAAAGAGUUCCUGGACGGCAUGUCAGAGCUGGGGUGUGAUAGUCCAGAGAAGCUGAAGAGUCUUUUACCCAGACUAGAGCAGGAGCUGAAGGAUUCUGGGAAGUUCAAAGAUUUCUAUCAGUUCACGUUUAGCUUUGCCAAGAAUCCUGGUCAGAAGGGUUUAGAUCUGGAGAUGGCUGUGGCCUAUUGGAAUCUCAUUCUCACCGGACGCUUUAAGUUUCUAGACCUCUGGAACACUUUCCUUCUGGAGCAUCAUAAAAAAUCCAUCCCUAAAGACACUUGGAACCUGCUGCUGGACUUUGGAAACAUGAUUGCAGAUGACAUGUCCAACUACGACGAGGAGGGUGCGUGGCCGGUGCUCAUUGAUGACUUUGUGGAAUUCGCUCGGCCGAUCGUGACUGCAGCAAAUCACAAGACUCUAUACUGAGCGCUUACAGCGAGGCCUCUCUAUACUGAUUUUUUUUUAUUUUUAAAUAAAAAAACAACAACAAAUAUAUUUAAAAAAUAUAUAUAUUAAUAAACAGAGAGAGUUUGUACAUUGAGUCUGCUGCUGUCAAGAGGCUUAAGAUCAGAGGCCUCCCAGACUGAGAUACAUCACCAUGAUCAUGUGUGCACUGUCAUCAAUGAAGACCUGGAUCUGUCUAGCCUCAUAGCACACUUACAUCAGUGUAUUCAGUCUCAGUGAGUCAACUGCAUGUCACAAGCUCAACAUAUAGAUGCAUGUCCAGUUAUCUUGUCAUUUAUACAGUAUUAACUGUGCAGAACUUUACCAUGAGAAAGAGCAAAUAGGCUUCAUUUAGUCAUGUGACAUCGACAAUCAAACAGGUCUAGGUUGUGUUUUGAGAUUUCACCAAUGAUUUCACCAAUUUUCUGAAAAUAUGAUCACCGUCAGGCCAUCCAAGACGUAGAGGAGUUUGUUUCUUCAUGGAAGCAGAUUUGAAGAAAUGUAGCAUUACAUCACUUGCUCAACAGUGGAUCCUCUGCACUGAAUGGGUGCCAUCAGAAUGAGAUUACAAACAGCUGAUAAAAAACAUCACUAUAAUCCACGCUUGCUUAUGGACUCAAUGAAUCAACCAACGGUUGGAAGUUAAAAAUGCUUUGAUGAAUUUGUUUCUUUCAAACACUUGAUUGAUGGACUGAAGUAGUGUGGAUUAUUGUAUUGUUAUUAUCAGCUGUUUGAAAUCUCAUUCUGAUGGCACCCAUUCACUGCAGUUGAUCCAUUGGUGAGCAAUAGAUGAAAUGCUAAAUUCUCAACUAACAAAUUCAUCUACUUCUUGCAUGGCCUGAUGGUGAGUGAAUUUUCAGUUCUGGCUGAACUAGUCCUUUAAUCUCCACUCACAUCACCAGCAGCACUAUCACAACACUCAGAGUAUAAAUAGAAAUAUCUAGGACAAGAAAAAAAGUAUUUGGACUAAUGCGUCUGCUGUGUUUCAGUGAUCAUUCAAUUUGAACGCUAAUGGACAUCAUUCUCAUUGGUUUCUGAAUUAAUAUGAUCAUGAAUGAAAUAAAGAUAAGAGCCAUCAUUCAAACGCUGAUGAGAUACUGAUUGUUCAGAUGGUUUGACUCGUUUACAGGUGUCUGUGAUGUCAGAGGAGUGUGUAAAUCAGAGAUCACCCUCUGUGUCUGCUGUUAGUCUGGAUGAGUUUCUAACACUUUAUUUUCUACACUUUGUGAUAUCCGUCAUCUCACAGUGUCAGUUCAGUUCAGCACAUCAUAACAGUGUUAUGUAUGUAGGUAUGUAUGUAUGUAAAUAAAGGUUAUUUAACAAAA